GCUCUUAAACGUGAACAGUGUUAUGACAAUAUCAGGGUUUCCAAAUCAUCCUGGGAUUCGACUUUCUGCGCGGUCAAUCCCAAGUUCCUCGCAAUUAUCGUCGAAUCAGCCGGAGGUGGUGCCUUUAUAGUUUUACCUCACAAUAAGGUCGGCAGAAUAUCGGCUGAUCAUCCACUGGUGGGUGGUCACAAAGGUCCGGUGCUAGAUAUCGCAUGGUGUCCACAUAAUGACAAUGUUAUUGCGUCAGGAUCCGAGGAUUGCGUGGUUAAAGUUUGGCAAAUUCCAGAUGGUGGAAUUUCCAGGACUUUGACCGAAUCUGUGGUUGAUCUGCAAUUACAUCAGCGAAGAGUCGGACUCGUUCUCUGGCAUCCGACAGCUCUUAACGUAUUACUUACAGCUGGCUCUGAUAAUCUUGUGAUUAUUUGGAACGUUGGUACUGGAGAGUCUGUUGUGAAAAUUGACUGCCAUCCAGAUGUAGUUUAUUCUGCCUGUUGGAACUGGGAUGGCUCUAGAUUAGUUACUACUUGUAAAGACAAAAAAAUAAGAAUUAUCGAACCUAGGACGGGUAACAUUGUUGAAGAGGCUAUUGCUCACGAAGGUAGCAAAGCUACAAGAGCCAUAUUUUUAAGAGGUGGUUUAAUUUUUACAACAGGGUUCAGCAAAAUGUCCGAAAGACAGUAUUCAUUAAGAGCCCCAGAUAUGCUUGCAGAACCAAUUGUUAUGGUAGAACUUGAUACCAGCAAUGGAGUAAUGUUUCCUUUGUACGAUCCCGAUACAAAUUUAGUUUAUCUUUGUGGAAAAGGAGACUCUGUUAUUCGCUAUUUUGAAAUAACUCCUGAGCCUCCUUUUGUUCAUUAUAUCAACACUUUUCAAACGCCAGAUCCUCAAAGGGGAAUAGGUAUAAUGCCUAAGCGCGGCUGUGACGUUAACAGCUGCGAAAUAUCGCGAUUUUAUCGACUGAACAAUUCUGGCUUUUGUCAGGUCAUAUCUAUGACUGUCCCAAGAAAGUCUGAAUUAUUUCAAGAAGACUUGUAUCCUGAUAGUCCUGGGGAUACCGCAGCUAUAACAGCAGAGGAAUGGGAGGCAGGACAAGAUGCCGAACCUCUCCUUAUUUCGUUAAGGGACGGUUAUCAACCAACAACUUCUAAAAAUGAUCUUAAAGUCCACAAGAAAGCUAAUCUCUUAAGUAAAGGAGCAAAAGUAGGCGCAAACUCUACUGGUGGACAAUCAAUGUCAGGUCUCUCGGAUGACAUUAUCAAAGAAUUUUCGGAAGAAAUUCGAAAGUUAAAAGCUAUGAUAGUUAAACACGAAGGGCGAAUUCGAGUACUAGAAUCUGCAGUAUCGCUUCAGAUGAAAGAACAAGAAAGAAAUGAAAAGUCUUCCUCGCCAAUAGAUAAGGAGUCACUUGCAUCCGAUGAAGUUUGAUUCAGCUAGUGGUUAUAUUUUUAUAUCCUUACCCACGGAAACCAUUUAAUUGUGUAAUAAAUGAAACGUGCGUAUUAUAUUUUGAUAUGAUAGCUGUGUAUAUACUAGGUAACUUAGCAUAGUAGCGUGCUCUAAAAUCAUCAACAGUGUCUUGAUUAUUUAUUGUACAUCCAGCGUCUUGUAUUUUUCUUUAUUUCUUUCUUUUUCUGCUUCUA